ACAGCUUUGACAACCCUUUCACAGAUCCCUUUCAUGGAGCCCUUUCAGGACCUUUCAUCGUGCACAUCAUCGCGGAUACGAGGUACUGCAGCCUCGAGACUUCUCCAGUGUUGCUUGUAAUGUCUCUCAAAGGGCUGUCGCUGCUUUGUUCCAAUUUCUGUCUUGUCGUCGCCACCGAUCCUCGCUUUUCGUAUAAAAAUGGUAUCAAGAUGUCGCACAGAGCUCAGAGCCUCCUUCCGCUUUGUGCACAGCCCUUCUAAACCUCUUGAACGAACUCCUUCAUCGCAAUGCCCGUCUCUCAAAGCGGCACCCACCGUGCUCUUCUCGUCGACGAAAUAUACCUCAAUAUCAUCCGAAGAUUGGACGACCGUUCCCUCAGUCACUUGGCGGGGUCAUGCCGUGGGCUAUCCGAGCCGGCCUUGGACCUCCUUUGGGAGUCUCUCGACUCUCUGCUUCCUCUCGUGACAAUGCUACCUCGCGGCAUUGUCCGUCGUAAGCCAGAUCAUUCUCAUCCAGCGUACAAACCAUGGCGUUCUCUACAGCCCUUCAACUUCGAAGUUGGCCCUUUGCACCAAUCCGGCUUUGGCCGUCGCUCAGUGCAGCGGAGGCCCGAUGGAGGAUACAAGACGUCGCAAGUAGACCAGAGCAAACGCGCGGCCAGGGGAAAAUUGGAGGUGUUGGUUCUCCCAGUGGUCCACGAGCUGAAGCGUCCUCCGACUGAAGAGCAAUGGGAAAGGAUACUCAGCUAUACGGGGCGAGUGAAACACCUCCGCCACGAUCCGUCCGAUACCAAGCCACACUCCGAGCGCUCUCCCCGUGGAUUGGAUAGGAUAUCGCCCGCCUUUCUCAUGGCGCUCCUGAAUCCCCCUGGUCGGCGACCGCUAUUUUCCAAACUCGAGAGCGUGUAUUGGAAUGACUCGGACCCGGAGACAUUCCUGUUUCUGGAGGUGCUGAAACGGUCUUCCAUCCUCUCCCUUGAUAUCACAGGCGUUCGGUGCGGAGACAGCGUCGACAUUCGAACUCGACGCAACGUGCUCAAAGUCCUGACCGAGCUCGGUGAUCUUUCUCCGUCACUUCAGUCUCUUCGCGUCCGUCUUGGCGAUGACGCUCCGUUCUCCUUCCGCUCUAUGGCCAAGACCAUAUGCUCUAUGCAUAACCUGACCUCCGUCGAGUACGACCUGUAUGAAGUCGGCGCUCUCCGACAUCUAGCGGGUCUUCCAGCGCUGUGGAGGGCGGAGAUCCAUAUGCACACGGGCACCACUCGUCUCCCUCGCGAUGGUUUGGCGGGGCCCGCUUUCCCCAGCCUCCAGACUCUCGUUCUUCAUGGUGGCCACCAAGAGGUCUCCGAGUUCUUCCGCUUCGUCAAAGGACCUUCGUCAGUCCGGAACUUGUCAAUCGACCUGUCAUCUUCCAGCGACCCCCCGCCCUUGUCGACUGUGCUAGAGGCUAUAGCUACUCACUGUGACCCCCACUGUCUGGAGUCGCUCCAGCUACAGGAGACGGUUGCCCCCGAACUCAUGAUCCAUCAGCGGCAUGAUCUUCGUAUCUCGGAAGAAACCCUCAAGGACGCGCUUCGCUUCAAAACGCUGAAACAUUUCAUCCUCGACACGUGCCGUGCCAUCUCCCUUAGCGAUGACUCCAUGCGACGCAUCUCCCUCUCAUGGAAGAGCUUAGAGACCUUCGAGAUCAACCGCAGCUCGGGUCGGUGGUACGCCGAUGCGGACUCUCGAUUCCAGCAGGCGACAAUACGAGGGCUGCAUCUGCUCGUCAAGAGCCUCCCUCACCUGUCACGGUUGGCUGUCGCCAUCGACGGAAGGACUAUUACGCGAAAACACCACACUUCCCCGACCCCGACGCACGUCCUUCGCAGGCUCAAUCUCCUCGACAGCCAAUUUGGAGGAAGAAUAGGUAGCGAGGAUGUGGUGAUUUGCCUUUCGGGAAUGAUAGACAUGCCUGAGUCGUGGCGCACCGAGAAGGCCAGGCUCCGGGUCGAUAAACUCAGGCUUACGGAGCCCCAGCUGGCUGACGUGCUCCAGGGCAAAGGAAAGAAGAAAUGGGAGGAUAUUAGGAAUGUUAUUGUAGAGAACUAUAAUAAUAUCCUGUUCUCGUAGAUAUCCAACCAUUCAGUACAGAAUCGAGCUUGCGUUGGCUGAAGCCGCG